AUGUACUGCAUCUUCGGGCAGGUCAUAACUGAUCAGAGUGAAAAGCUGGUGGACUCCGCCAUCAGCAGUGGUUGGGUCGAUUGCGACGCUCGCUUCAAACAAGACCUCCUGUUCUUCCUCAUGGCCGCCAGCAAGCCUUUGGAGAUCACGGUGGGCAAGCUGAGCAAGCUGUCUAGGCAGAUGUUAGUGCAGAGCGAGAAGCUGGUGAACUCUGCCAUGAGCAGUGGUUGGGUCGACUGUGACCCUCGCUUCAAACACGACCUCCUGUUCCUCCUCAUGGCAGCCAGGAAGCCUCUUGAGAUCACGGUGGGCAAGAUGAGCAAGUUGUCUAAGCAGAUGUUCUUCUCACUGACGCAGCCAUCAGCGGCGGCUGCCAUGGCGCGGACACACAGCGACCUGCGGACACUGCAGGGACCCGGGGCGUCCAUCCUGAGGCUGCUGGGCGUCUGGAGGUCCCAGGGCCGGCGCGGCCGCUUCUGCUCCGCCGCCGCCGCCUCCGUGACGGUCAGCACUUUCGCCUGGCUCUCCAUUUUCGCUGCCCUCAAGCUGGUAAAAGAGACCCAGCAACAACUGGAGGACAUCUCAUUGUGCUGCUUCGUCAUCGUUAUAUGUUUCGGAUACUUUUCCAAGGUCGCUUUCUUCAUCUACAAAGGUGGCGCCCUGCGAGAGCUGUUGCAGCUGCUGUCUGACGCCAGGGGAAAGUACGGCAAUGGAAAAAACAGUCAGAGCAUCCGACUCCGAAACCAGAAGCUGGCACACCGCCUGUAUAUAUUCAUGCAGGUGGCGCUGCUGCAGGGCCUCGCCGCGUGGUUCUCCACGCCUCUACUGGCGCGCGCAUUCCUCACCUCAGAUGAGGACUCACUUGAAUCUGCUCGCCAGCUUCCAGUGCCCUUUUGGUUUCCUGGAAAUAUGUACUUGUCACCCACAUACGAAAUACUCUAUAUCAGUCAAGCUUUCUGUCAACUAGUAGUGACUCAGUCUGCUACUUGCGUUGACGCCUUUUUCAUCCACAUAAUGCUGGUGGUGGCAGCUGAGCUAGAAGUUUUGAACGAAAACAUUACAGCUAUGCAGAAGCUUCGUAUUAAGCUUCAAGGAACGGAAUAUCAAGAGCGCAAUCUUAGGAUUGUAGCUAAACAUGAAGAACCAACUGUGUAUCUGUCAUCAGAGUGCACCCCAGACGAAAUGUACCUGCAAAUGGUGAAGAAUAUUCAGCAUCAUUACGUAAUUCUCAGAUCCGUCUCCCUCUUGCAGAGAAUAAUGAAUGUAUCGAUUUUCAUCCUUCUUUUUGUGAACAUGGCGGAUUUGUGUUCCUGUAUAUUUGUUUCCGCUGUGGUGUUGCAGAGAGAUGGGAAUAUUACAAAGGCGUUAAAGCCACUGAUGACGAUCCCACCUAUCCUAUACGAAACCUUUCUGUACUGCAUUGUUGGGCAGAUCUUAACUGAUCAGAGUGAGAAGCUGGUCUACUCGGCCGUCAACUGUGGCUGGGCUGACAGCGACGCCCGCUUCAAGAGGAGCCUCCUCAUCUUCAUGACGGUGGCCGGACGGCCUCUGGAGAUCACGGUGGGCAAGAUGUGCAAGCUGUCCAAGCAGAUGCUGGUGCAGCCAAUAGUAUGCAACUUUAAAUUUGCAUGUGCAUUGUCAUAUGCCACCUAG